AUGAGUUUCCAAGACAAAGUAGUAAUUGUGACCGGCGCCAGUUCUGGCAUUGGAGCAGCCACUGCUAUCAAAUUUGCAGAAGAAGGAGCUAAAGUAGCGUUAGUGGGCAGAAACCAAGAAAAACUCAACAACGUCGCGAAGAAAUGCGGUAACCCUUUAAUUAUCGCUGCUGACGUAUCGAAAGAUGAAGACGCCAAGAGAGUUAUUGAAGAAACCUUAAGGUAUUUUGGAGGGAUCGAUGUUUUGGUAAACAACGCUGGUAUAGGAAGUAGAACAAACAUUCAAGAUAACGGUGUAAUAUCAGUUUAUGAUCGAUUAAUGUCUACAAACCUACGAGCAGUAGUUGUCCUGACUCACCUCGCUGCUCCACACAUAAUAAAAACAAAAGGUAACAUUGUGAAUAUAUCAAGUGUCGCUGGGUAUCGCGUAUUUCAAGAAAGUUUCGCAUACUGCACGUCAAAGGCUGGACUAGAUCACUUCACUAGGGCUGUGGCACUUGAACUAGCUCCACACGGUGUUCGCGUCAACGUGAUCAAUCCCGGACCUGUAAAAACAGAUAUUAUAGAAAAUAUGGGAGCAACGAAGGAAAUAGCAGAUGCAACUUUCGAUCGCAUGGGAAAAAUGACUGCACUCUCAAGAGUUUCAGAUUCUGACGAGGUAGCCGAUCUGAUUUUGUUUAUAGCCAGUGACAAAUCUAAGGCUAUCACAGGAUCAUCUAUUGUAACUGACAAUGGCACGAUGUUGAAAACUAAUGACAUGUCGCCCCUUGACUAA